AUUACCUUUUAAAACUGUCAAUGUUAAAUGAUAGAAAAAAUGUUAGCAGUUAACAAUCAAAAUGUUAAUAAGAAUAUGUAACUAUGUAUAACUUGUGCACAGAUCAUGUGCGUCUGCAUUCGAGGGUUGUCCAGUUCUUUUGGGGGAGGAUUCACAGCUAGAACAACAGAUCUGUUGGAGUUAUUUUAAUCAGUUUGACGGUUAUCUGCAGAGAUUUUAGUUUAGAUUUUUCACCGAGCAACUAAAAAUGAUCCAGAUGCUUAUUUUUUUCUGUUUGAGCUGCUGUCAUCUGAUCGGUGUUUUUGGUUCUAAGACAAAUGAAACACAGUCAGUGAUGGAGGGUGAUUCUGUCACUCUACACACUGAUGUUACUGAAAUACAUGAAAACGAUGCAAUAAUGUGGAAGUUUGGAGCAGAAAAGUCUCUGAUAGCUCAAAUAAAAAGAGCCUCUGAAAUCUUCUCCACAUUCCCUGAUGGGAGAUUCAGAAACAGACUGAAUCUGGACAGACAGACUGGAUCUCUGACCAUCACAAACAUCACAACUCAACACGCUGGACUCUAUGAAGUAGAGAUCAUUCUAGCAAAAAUGUCAUCAAAAAUUUUCAGUGUUUCUGUCUUUGCUCGUCUUCCUGUUCCUGUCAUCAGCAGUAACUCUUCACAAUGUUCAUCUUCAUCAUCAUCAUCACAGCAGAAUUGUUCAUUGCUGUGUUCAGUGGUGAAUGUGAGUCAUGUGACUCUCUCCUGGUACAAAGGAAACAGUUUAUUGUCCAGCAUCAGUGUGUCUGAUCUCAGCAUCAGUCUCUCUCUACCUCUGGAGGUGGAAUAUCAGGAGAAAAACAGCUACAGCUGUGUGAUCAACAAUCCCAUCACAAACCAGACCACACAUCUGGACAUCAGCAAACUCUGUCACACGUGUUCAGGUACAGCAGUGCUGUUUUAAUGUUCAUAUUCACUUACAUGCAUGUCUCUCUUCAUCAUCAUAACACUCUUCUUCAUGUCUUCC